ACUGGCACCCUUCAGCCUUCAGCUCCCUACAAUUUGCAGCUUCCCCGAGGCAGAGAAAUGGAAGCUGCUGUGAAAGUCAGUGGGCAGGCAGGAUGCUGCAGGAGGGCUGGCUGCCAACGAGCUUCGCUGCGAUGGGACGGCGGGGAAAUCACACUUGCCUCACAGUCAGAGCAGAACAAAACAUGUUUCUCAUCAGAAAAGAAUGUUUGGGCCUUAUUUUGCAACAAUCUCCAGCAUGUCCCUUAGGAAAAGGCAGUUCAGGCAACAGCUGCUUCCUCUCACCCCAAGCAUCCUCACGAUGGCAGGUUUUCUGCCCUGCAGGUAAAUUCAGCACAGCUGACCUCAUGGGAGAGCCUGGGCAGUGCUGCAAACCCCGUGGGGCUCUGCAACAAAGCACAACCCCCAAAACAGUGACAAAAGCUGGUGUCCACAGGAGCGCCAGCUGCAAUUCACGCUCUAGCUUGUCCCAGAUGUGAUGAGUGGUACUGGGAAAUACCUAUUGAACAAGGAAGCAUCCCUGAACAAGGAAGUGUCCCUUGAAUCAGAAAUGCCCUCCACUGCUGCAAACCAGGCACCCACUGCUUAGCCCUGGGGGGGCACGAGCGUCCACUAGGAAGGAGAGCGCAGCCCUGCACCAAGCAGCUGCUGUUUGCAAGGUGUAAAUCAAGGAUCGUGUCCUUGUCUGGAUGGGACACUGAGGUGAUUCAGCUGACAGACUGCACACCAGGAUGAGUUGCAACACUCUCUCUCUGUUUAAAUUUGAUAUAUUUUUCUGCUGGGACAUCCGGCUAUACAAACCAGCUUACCUGGAGCUCCACAGGCAGCUCUGUUAGCUCAGGUGCUGCACAAGUGCUGAAAGCAGCACUGGAAUUGGUGCACAGGGCACGGGGGAGAAAGAAGGCAACUCCAUGUAAUCAUGCCAAACUAAUUAUUACCAGCAACCCCAGCCAGACCCCAAGAAUGUUGUUACAGCACUUGCUGGGGCACAAAGACGUGCAGUGCUUAGCAUCACUUGGGACUGAGCACAAAACAUCUCUGCAUCUCACCCACGUCAGGACAGCAGAAAGGGAAGAUACUUGGCACUCUGCAUUUUCUCCCUGUGCAAGCAAUCAAUCAGGGAAACAGUAAGAGACAGCAUGGUGCUUUCAGAAGCCAUCUAGAGACAACACUGCUAUGGUUUUCCCCCCAGUUCUCCCUAUUUGUGGAAAGUACUGAGAUAAUCAGAGUCAUGCACAGACAAGACUUCACUCAUUUCCAGUCCAUAUAAACAUCCCCUGCCCUCCCAUCAAAGCGCAUCCCGACAUUCACAAGAAAGGGAACUGCACCUCAGCAGGCCUCCAAGAUGCCAACAGCAGCUUGUACAUGUAAUGGAACCAAUACGAGGACUGUCAAUAUUUGCCCACUUUGGAGAAAUCAAAGGAGGAAUCGCGCUGAGCAGACACACAUCGGCUAUAAAACAAUGCAACUGGGCUCACACUCAGCACCCUGGGAUCACCCUGCUCCAGUGCUGCCCAUCACGAGGCCAUGAAGCUCCUGGUGCUCCUCGUCUGCCUUGCAGGGCUGGCCCCCGCGGGCUGCAACGUGGCUCAGUUUGCUUCCAUGAUUAAAGAGAAGACUGGGAAGUCUGCACUGUCCUACAAUGGCUACGGCUGCCACUGUGGACUCGGGGGAUCCAAGAGGCCGGUGGAUGCAACCGACUGGUGCUGCCAUGCCCACGACUGCUGCUACAAGAAGUUGUCAUCCUUGACCUGCGUUCCCCACCUUGUCCUUUACACAGUCUCCAUCAAGGGAGGCCAGAUCACAUGCGGUAAGAGAUGGCACGAGGCCCAACCACUUACACUUCUAGGGAAUCCCUUCCUUGGUGUCCUUCAAACUAACCUGGCUGGGAAACCACUUGCUGGGGAGGGGGGUGGAAGUGAAGGAAAGGUGCCAGGAGUGGUGCUAACCUACCAGCUGGAGCCGUGGUAAAGUCUAGAGCUACAAAGGAUGGGGGUUCCCCUUCUGUAGAGGCCAAAUAUUGAUCCAGUAAAACUGGACACAGAACACUUGAGGUUUUCUAAUCUGGAUGGGGUCACCCUGAUGUCCCAGCUGUCCCUUGUGCCAAUCCGAAGCAAAAAACACCAUCUCUGGGUGAAGGGACCAAAACCAAGCACUUCCUCGUGACCAAAACAAAUCUCUAUAUAAAGUAAACUGAACGCUCCCUCCAGGGUCAUUAUUGGUUUGUAGCCACACAGUUCCAUGCCCCAGGGGGAGGAUGCUGGCAACAGGACUCAUCAUCAGCCACCCUAGGGUUCAUGGGGAUGACCUGAAAGAUAACUCCAAGCUCUCGCCCUCCCCUUGUUUUCCUUCAGGAUCUGGGAAUUCAUGCCAAAAAGGUACCUGUGAGUGUGACAAGGCGGCAGCAGAGUGUUUCAAGAGGAACCUCAAAACCUUCAACAAAAGCUACCAGAAUUAUUUAAACUUCAAGUGCAAGGGCUCACUUCCCUCUUGCUAGAGAUGCCAGACUCAAAACCUGAUGGAAGUGCUUUAAAUUGAGAUUCUCUUCCUGCAGUGAGAUGGAGCAAGGCACAACUCCAGACCUACUCCACCAAAAAGGCACUUGGAACCUCUCCGCCAAGCCUGCCAGACCCUCAAUUGGUGCACAAGGAAGGCUUGCUCCUCAGAAUUAAAUAAAUCAAAAAAUCUUUGCAAAUAAAAAUAAUUUUCCAAGACAACUUCUAAUGUGUUGCUUCAAGACAGUGCCUGAACGGGUGGGGAAGCUGUAGCAGAGCUAUUGGAUCCAACACUACAAGGCAGCCAGACCACAGGUGCAAACCAGCCCUGUCCCGCUAAUUACUGACUUACUAAAGCUGUGGGUACUGCCAGGGCUUUAGGGUUCCAUUAGAGAGAGGACUUCAAGUUAUACCCAAACCUCUCCUCAGUCAGAAACCUGAACCAAACAUUUCUACCAGAAGGGAAAAAUGAGACAGAACCUGGCUGGGAAAGAGCUAAUCAAGUCAAUGCUGCCCUCUAAGGUUUCUGAGUGCAAACACAUUUCGCUCCAGCGAAACAUUUUUAUAUUGACAUUUCUAUGUUGGUUUGGAAGCUCCAUAGAACAUACAGAUUAUGUAUAGUUUUGGGUUUUUUUAAUGCUUCUUACUUUGAAAUCAUUUCAUCUCUGCUCUGGUUGAUAAGGUAUCUCCUGCUGUCUGUUGUGUGUAAGUACACACGUGCUUUCUUCAAGCUGAUGCUCAAUACAAGUCCAAAACUUGACUGAAACUGAACAACUGCAAGCCAUAAAUCUGAGGCCAAGUCCUGUAGUGCUUCUACUUCCGUUCAAAUUCCCAAUCCUGUAGUGGAAAGCACCAAGGGUUUGAGAGGAAAUUAAGAUUAAAACCCUACCCUAGAAAAAGCCUGAUUUACAAGGAGUGAACCAGGCAUAGUUUCCAGUAAGCACUGCUGCUUGGAAGCCUUUUCCCCAAGCCUCUUGAUCCAUUGGUUAUACUAAUUUCAUUUAGAGACUAAUGACUAUCAAGAUCCUGGCUUGCACUAAAGCUCUGCAGUUCCCCUAAGGCUCCAGAGUAUGGCAAAGGAGAAGAGACUGCAGAUGUGCAAGUAACAGCACUCAGCACAAACCCCAAGUCUGCUCGUAUCAUAUUUUACUACCUUGUUAGACCUCACCAGAUCGAAUGUAUCAACUCUGCAGCCACAGGAGUCCAUUCCCAGAUGAAAAAGAAAAGAGGAAUCUCAUGUUUGACAGUAUUGGCUGAUACUUUUUUUU